GCCCCCCCGGUUGAGAGAGUCGUGCCCCCGCGUGUUCUCCGCCUACGGCCCCUCCUCUCUUUGUAUCCCGCAACCAAAAACUACCCCAAAAAAAUUCGCAAAACCAAAAAAAUCCCCCGAGGCCCGGCGGGAUCUGCUCCUCCCCUCCUCCUCGCUAUAUACCGAUCGAGGAGAAGGAGAUAGGGUUUAGCGCCGAUUCCCCGGGGGGAAAAAUCGAAAAAAAAGGAGGAGGAAUCGCGAUGGCAGCGCAGGUGGCGGUGGCGAACGGCGGCGGCGCAGGCCCGGCGGCGGCCGCGGUGGCGGUGGUCCCCGCGCCCGCGCCCGCGGCGCCCGGAGGGGUCACGCAGCCGCUCCCGACCACGUCGCUCUACGUCGGCGACCUCGAGGCCAACGUCACCGACUCGCAGCUCUACGAGCUCUUCAGCCAGGCCGGCCAGGUCGUCUCCGUCCGCGUCUGCAGGGACGUCACCUCGCGCCGCUCCCUCGGCUACGCCUACGUCAACUACAGCAGCCCCAUGGAUGCUGCAAGAGCAAUGGAAGCGCUGAACUUUGCUCCACUGAACAACAAGCCCAUUCGAGUAAUGUACUCGAACCGUGACCCAAGCAGCCGCAGAAGCGGAUCUGCAAAUAUCUUUAUCAAGAACCUUGACAAGACAAUUGACAACAAAACUCUUCAUGACACCUUCUCUGCAUUUGGUGCAAUUCUCUCAUGUAAGGUUGCCAUGGAUGAUAUUGGCCAAUCCAAAGGCUUUGGAUUUGUUCAGUAUGAGAAAGAAGAGUCUGCACAGUCUGCAAUGAAAAGCCUAAAUGGCAUGCUUAUCAACGAUAAGCCUGUCUAUGUUGGACCUUUUCUCCGCAAGCAAGAGAGAGAUAAUUCUUUUGACAAGGCAAAAUUUAACAAUGUCUUUGUGAAGAAUUUAUCUGAGUCUACUACAAAAGAUGAUCUAGUCAAAGUAUUCAGUGAGUAUGGAACUAUUACAAGUGCUGUUGUAAUGAUUGGCAUGGAUGGUAAAUCCAGGUGUUUCGGCUUUGUCAAUUUUGAGAGCCCAGAUGAUGCUGCUCGUGCUGUUGAGGAACUUAAUGGAAAGAAAAUCAAUGACAAAGAGUGGUAUGUUGGUAGAGCUCAGAAGAAGUCUGAAAGGGAGAUGGACUUGAAGAGAAGGUUUGAGCAAAGCAUGAAAGAUGCAGCUGAUAAAUAUCAAGGACAGAACUUGUACUUGAAGAAUUUGGAUGAUGGCAUUACAGAUGAUCAGCUACGUGAGCUGUUCUCCAACUUUGGCAAAAUUACCUCUUGCAAGAUAAUGCGUGAUCAAAAUGGUGUUAGCAAGGGCUCUGGCUUUGUUUCAUUUUCUACCCGCGAGGAAGCAUCUCAGGCUCUCACUGAAAUGAAUGGCAAAAUGAUAUCUGGAAAGCCAUUAUAUGUUGCAUUUGCACAGCGUAAAGAAGAUAGAAAAGCAAUGUUACAGGCUCAAUUCUCUCAGAUGCGCCCUGUACCAAUGACCCCUUCUAUGACUCCUCGACUCCCAAUGUACCCUCCUAUGCCUACUCUUGGGCAGCAACUCUUCUAUGGGCAAGCUCCACCUGCUAUGAUGCCCCCUCAGCCUGGGUACGGUUUCCAGCAGCAGCUUGUUCCAGGAAUGAGGCCUGGGGGUGGUGCCCAUAUGCCAAAUUACUUUGUUCCAGUUGUCCAACCAGGUCAGCAGGGUCCGCGCCCAGGUAUCAGGCGCAAUGGUCCUGGGUCUGCUCAGGGACAGCAAACUCCUCAGCCAUUUCAGCAACAGAUGGUUCCAAGGGGACGUGUGUACCGGUACCCACCUGGACCUCGUCACAUGCCUGAGGUUCAACAGAUGCCUGGGGUUGGUGUUGGAGGUAUGGUUCAGCCAUAUGACAUGGGAAGCUUCCCUGUGCGAGAUGCUGGUGUGUCACCUGCUCCUCCAAUUGGAACUCUCACAUCUGCCCUUGCAAAUGCUACUCCAGAGCAACAAAGAACGAUACUUGGCGAAAGCCUCUAUCCACUUGUUGAGAAGCUUGAACACCAACAAGCUGCCAAGGUGACGGGCAUGCUUCUGGAGAUGGACCAGACGGAGGUGCUGCAUCUGCUCGAGUCUCCAGAGGCUCUCAAGUCCAAGGUUGCCGAGGCGAUGGAUGUUCUCCGCAACGUGGCCCAGCAGCAAAACCCGAAUGCCCCUACCAGCCAGCUCGCGGGUCUAACCUUGAGCGACGGCAUUAUCUCUUAGUUUAGAGUCAGUUUGCGGUCUCAUGAUGCUAUAGAUUGUUUUGUCCUCCAUGGUUGAACUUUGGUGAGUUGCGUUUUUGCACUGGUUGUUAGGCUCUAUCUGCCUGGUCUCUUUGCCAAUGAUUGGCAGUCACCUUUUCCCGUGUUUGGCUACUAUUGAGGGCUUGGUUACAUACCUCUUCUGCGGUUAUGACUUGCCGAAAGUUUUGCUAUUAAAUAUGAGUGAAGAGUGACAUUGCUGUCCGACAUUACUUGCUUCA